AUGGAGUUUCUCAGCGAGAAGUUUGCCCUCAAGAGCCCGCCGAGUAAAAACAGUGACUUUUACAUGGGCGCAGGAGGCGCGUUGGAGCACGUUAUGGAGACGCUGGACAAUGAGACCUUUUACGGCAAAGCGUCGGCGGGCAAAUGCGUGCAGGCCUUCGGGCCCCUGCCGCGCGCCGAGCAUCACGUGCGCCUGGAGAGGACCUCGCCCUGUCAGGACAGCAGCGUGAACUAUGGGAUCACUAAAGUAGAAGGACAGCCCCUUCACACCGAACUGAAUAGAGCUAUGGACAACUGUAACAGUCUCCGAAUGUCUCCCGUGAAAGGGAUGCCAGAGAAGGGAGAACUGGAUGAACUUGGGGAUAAAUGUGACAGCAAUGUAUCCAGCAGUAAGAAGCGGAGACACCGAACCACCUUCACCAGUUUGCAGCUGGAGGAGCUGGAGAAAGUCUUUCAGAAAACCCAUUAUCCAGAUGUAUACGUCAGAGAACAACUUGCUCUGAGGACAGAGCUCACUGAAGCCAGGGUUCAGGUUUGGUUUCAAAAUCGAAGGGCCAAGUGGAGAAAAAGGGAACGGUAUGGCCAAAUACAACAAGCUAAAAGCCAUUUCGCUGCCACCUAUGAUAUAUCAGUUUUGCCAAGGACUGACAGCUACCCACAGAUUCAGAACAAUUUGUGGGCAGGAAAUGCAAGUGGUGGUUCUGUGGUUACUUCAUGCAUGUUACCACGUGACACUUCCUCCUGUAUGACACCUUAUUCUCACUCGCCUCGGACAGAUUCCAGUUACACAGGGUUUUCAAACCACCAGAACCAGUUCAGCCAUGUGCCCCUCAACAAUUUUUUCACUGACUCUCUUCUUACUGGAGCUUCCAAUGGACAUGCUUUUGAAACAAAGCCAGAGUUUGAAAGGAGGUCUUCGAGUAUCGCAGUUCUUCGAAUGAAAGCCAAGGAGCACACCGCCAAUAUUUCAUGGGCCAUGUAA